CAGACAAGAAGUACCCACGAAGAUCCCGCUCGGCGUCCGGUUUCACCGUCGCGCAAUAUUCACUUGCCAAUUCCGGCCUCUGGCCCUUGUCUACAGUGCCGAGAGGCAAGUCUCGUCCUUCUUAGGAAACUCCACCUCGCAUCGGUGAAUUUCGCUUAAUUUGGAGAACGGAGGCGGAACUCGGGCCGUCUUGCGCCUGGACAGCGGAAUGUGGGAGACGGCGCUUCUUGGUUUCGGUGUUCGUCUCAGCGGGCAAAACGGCGGCAACCGCCAGUAGUGGAGCUUUGUCGCGUAGCGUGGGUCUGUUGCAGUUGAGCUGGAUGUCAAGAGGUGGAUUCACUCUCCGUCUGGUGAGAGAUUUCUCGGUGAGUGUGGAGAGAUCUGCCCGUGAAGCUAGAAUAGGAAGCAGAGCGGUAGAGUUUACGGCGUGCUCUGCUCACUUAGUCACGAGUCUUAAGAAGUUAUUUUGAAUUGAAUCGAGUGCAGUAGUCGCAAUCCUAGAUUGUGGUGAAAUGUAUAGUAGUGGCUGCAUAACUCCUCGUUCUCUCAAGAGGAAGUCCUUCAGUAUCGUUCAUGGAAAAACUGUGAAUAGCGACUACUGCUGCUCCUCUUCCGAUGCCGAGGGUGCUCAAAAUGAUGGCUUUCAGAAAGUUCCAAAGAGAGUUAUAUGCACGGACCCCGACGCGACGGACUCGUCCAGCGACGAGAAGGAUAACUUCCACUCCGUGCGCAAUCCUCACAGGAGGCUACAGGAAAUUCACAUUUCCACUAUGGUGGACGAGUCGGCAUCUGACAGUGAGGUUGAUGAGCUUGAGGUGCCCAGUUAUCACAGCGUGUUCACUGCUGAAGCCAUGCAGUGCACGGUAAGCUAUGCGAGCCCUGUCGACGGAGACGCAAUGUUGGAGUCCUCCAGAUUUUACAAGAAAUCCUGGCAAUCGCAAAAGAAAGCUCUCAAGAUGCCGGAGAAGAAAAUGCCCAAGGACGCACAGCCAGCCACGCCUGCUGCUAAGACCGCGAAGGGUAGCGUAGCCGGUUGGGCACCCGUGGGUCGAAGCACAACUGUGUCCACAGCUAAACCCACAGUGGCAGCGAAGCGACAAACGAAGGGCGCCUUGGUUGCAACGGGGAUACACGGAAAGCCUCAGAAGUACAGGGGAGUGAGGCAGAGACCGUGGGGAAAGUGGGCGGCGGAGAUCCGGGACCCUUCGAAAGGAGUCCGGCUAUGGCUGGGGACGUAUGACACCGCGGAGCAAGCAGCUCAGGCGUAUGACAAAGCCGCGCGGGAGAUUCGUGGGCCGUCGGCGCACACGAAUUUCAGCGAGGAGAGGGAAUUGGAGCAAUCUGGGGCGGUAGUGCGUACGAUGACGACGUCCGGAUGUGAGGCGUCGUGUGCGAAAAGCAGAAAGGGAGAGGAGGGCCGGCGGCGGGGGAAGGAGGAGGGUGAGAGGUGUGGGAGGGGAGAGGUGGAAGAGGGGGAGGAGGAGGAGGAGUUGCGGACGGCGGGUGGAUGCGAUAGCAUUGAGGAGGGUGCGAUGAGCGGGGAGGUGGCGUUGGACGAUUUGAGCGAGGAGCUGGGGAAUUUGAGCGAGGAGUUGGAGAACUGGAGCGAGGAGUGCGGGUAUUGGAUGGGGCCCCCUUGCUCGUCGUCGCCGAGCAUGGAGGAGUCGGAGGGGUCGCCAUGCUCGAGCCUGACGGGGUGCAGCGAGCGGGUGGGGAGAGGAGGAGGCGGAGAGGAACUGGUGACGAGCAGCUCGUACGGGAACAGCUGCGAGUCGGAGAGGGCGAAGGAGGGCAAUGGAACGGUGGAGGUGCAAAGUGGGUCGGGGUUGGGGGAGGUGUUUCUGUCGGACGACUUCAUGAUGGACUGGGCGGGCGUGGGCGUGGGCGUGGGCGACGACGGAGGAGCUGGAAUGGUGGAGUUCGGGGCGGGGUUGGAGUUUUUGGGGGACGACGUGGAUUACCUGGAGUUCGACUGCGACGGGAGGGAGAGCUUCGAUUGGUUGAAUGGCUCAGACAUUCUUGUGCUCUAGAAAAUUGGGGUGCACUGGCAGUGCGUACCCAGCGCUGGGGCGUGGAAGGCGAGCGUAGGUGGAGGUGGGGAUGCGAGAAGCUUACCGCAAAGUGAGAAGAGAACUGAUUGUGGUUGGGAACUUGAUUUGAGGACCAGCAGAUUUUUGUAGGAUUGGGGGUUUAGGGAGCCAGAGUUUGGAGGCAGAGCGCAUCCAAUAUGGGCAUUGUAGGAGUAGGGUAGAGUUGAUGAGGAGUUGGUUUUGACGUGUUGACCCCAUGAGAAGAGUUAAUGCUAUUCGGGAGCUGGAGGUUCUUUGCUUCAGAUGUGACAAUUGGAGGAUGUGUAGUGGAGUCGGCGCUGAGGGACGUAUCUCUCAUGGAUAUCAAAUGAGAUCAUCAUAGAGGAAAAGUUGCACACUGCGACGGAUUUUUAUCAAUGCCAUCCAGUUGUCCACAUCGCAGUGAGUAUUAUUACUCAAUUUUGUGACUGACUGUCCGUCGGGAAGUCAUCCUCCCGCUUCGGAAUGUACACUAGAUACGGAAUUGUUCAAGUUUGUUUGUUCUCCCAA